GCCGAUCAGCUGAUGAAUGACAGUCGCGCAGCUGUGUUCAUGCAGCAAUCGCGAAUUGUGAAUUUUCUCACGCAUGUGCAAUGCAUGAGCUCCAGAAGCGACAUCUGACGUCACUGCCGUGAACAAGACUCGAUAUUCUGCGAUCACGUCCACCGACAGUUUAUUUUGACAGACACAAGUGCGCCGAACAGGUUCGACGGAACUGUCAAAUGAAAGGAAUGAAGUCCACGUCCAAACCGGCUAAUGGCGAUUAAUAAUUUUAUCGGUGCAUUCGAAACGUGAGAUACUUCCGUUUUGUACAUAAUAUCGAUCUAAAAUAUGGCACUGACAAAUAUCUUGCUGCUGAGUCAAAUAGCGGGCUACGUAGUGGCCCUUAUUUUGUCGCUCUGCAUCAUUGUGCCUAUGAGCCUGCAUCAGGAUGAGUUUAGCGGACACUGUCUCUUGUUCUCCACCGGGGUCUGGCAGGAAUCGGACGGCCAGUUUGUCGUGAAUUGGGCGUCGCAGGCUUACUGCAACUACACGAUAUUCGUGGGCUUGAUAUUGCUUGUGACGUCGGCGAUACAAAUCUAUCGACUGUCCUUGCUCAUGUAUCGCGGCGACGACAGCUCGUUUCUCUCCGCGUUCGUCGAUGUCGUCGCGUCGAUUAUUUUCACCGUCGUCACCCUGAUCGCGGCGAUUAUCGUCACGCUGGGCUUUAUGACCUGGUGCCAAUGUAUGACAAAAAGAUUCCCGUCGUGCGAACUUGCGGCUGGGAAUGACAUCGACAAGGCCGACGGCAUCGAUACGUCUGGCUUUCACAUCGAACUCGGCGCCGCACAAUUCGGCAUCUGGAGCAGUUUAUCGAUCUGGGUUGGCCUGUCAGUUUUUGCUGUCUUGAAGGUGUUGCGGUACCAUCAGCUGGAGAACAUGAAGGUCUCCAUGUAUAGAGAAAGACAGAGAUUGAUAGAAGCCACUACGAGCGGUCAGCAGCAGGAACCGAGCUAAAACUUGGUACACAUUUAAAAUUUUACUUUGCCAAAGGUAAACCUUGAUAAUAACAUCAUUCAUUGAUUUAUAAGAACAAAUAAUCAUGUCCACCGUAUCUCCGAGAACAAUGUAACAAUUGCAUUACAUACGCAAUAUUUUUAAUUAAUCUUGAAGCGCACACAGAAUUCUGCGAGUCAAGUAAUACAUUGAUAUACACAUAAUAAGUAAUCUAUAAUAAUCGAUUUUAUAAGAAGGAUAGCAGUUUAAUGUUUCUUUUUAUUGAACAAUUUGAAACACAUGUACAGUCUUUGUUCAGAAUUUGUCAACUUAUCACAAAAAUUACAUUUCUCACAUAUAAUUGAAGCUAAAUUCUUUAACAGUUGCGUCUUCGUUUAAUCGAUUUUCUAACUUUAGACGUAUCGUAAGACUUGUAUAUAUAAAAAUCAUAUUAAUAAUAAUGUAUAUAUCACAGUAUAUAAGUAUUUCCAUGGAUAAUACAUUAUAUAACGAAAGCGAACAAAUAGUCAUAGGAAUAUAAGAAGUCGUGGAAGUUAGUAACUGCUUUUUUGCAUAUAUAUUUUUCCGAUUCCACUACAUACGUGCGAUACAUGACGUAUGUCGACUACAUCAGAUUGUGGAUUUUAAAUAUACAGUGAGAGACACUUGUUAA